AACACAACUGGAAGGGGAUCGAAGACAGAACCUACUGGAUGAUCUUGUAACUCGAGAGAGACUACUUCUGGCCUCCUUUAAGAAUGAGGGUGCGGAGCCAGAUCUCAUCAGGUCCAGCCUGAUGAGUGAAGAGACUAAGCGAGGAGCACCCAACCCUUGGCUCUUUGAGGAGCCAGAGGAGACCAGAGGUUUGGGUUUUGAUGAAAUUCGGCAACAGCAACAGAAAAUUAUCCAAGAACAGGACGCAGGCCUUGAUGCCCUUUCCUCUAUCAUAAGUCGCCAAAAACAAAUGGGGCAGGAGAUUGGGAAUGAAUUGGAUGAGCAGAAUGAGAUCAUUGACGACCUUGCCAACCUUGUGGAGAACACAGAUGAAAAGCUUCGCAACGAAACCAGACGUGUGAAGCUGGUGGACAGAAAGUCAACCUCGUGUGGGAUGAUAAUGGUGAUUUUAUUGCUGCUUGUGGCUAUUGUGGUCGUUGCAGUCUGGCCAACCAGCUCAUAGCAAUAAGGGGACCACCCACUGUGACACCUGCCAAUGACAAAUGAAAGCCCAGCACCUUUUUGUUACGCAACACCUGCUCUCAAUAAACUCCCCAAAGCUCUGGA